CGGCAAAUGACAUUUUCGCAAGCCACACUUGCGAUCUGCUCUUUGUCUUACCGGGAAGCGUUCCUUUCUACCGGCAUGUGUACGUGCAGAUGUGGCUGGCUAGCUGGCUAGCUAGGUAGCUUUGAUGCAAGCAAGCAAACAAACACGCUGCUGCAGACGGAUACUGUAGAAGCUUUCCUUCAUUUGAUCGUGGUCUGAUACUAGCCCCUCCAAUUGUCAUCGUCAUCACCGUCGGAAACUCCAAAGCCACCAAGAUACGCCAAAGUCAUCACCAUACGCAACAGCAACCAUGGACAGAAAGCAGAUAAUAGCCCAGCACGAUGCUAUCAAAGUCAACCUCCAAGCUCUUACAGACUCUGUGCAAGCGUACUCGGCUACGUUUGAAAAGAACAUUUCAUCCGAUGACCUUGAAGCAGUGGGCCAGAUUUCCGAAUGCCAAGUGGCAAUGAUGGAAAAUGUGAAGCAGAUGCAAAGUGUCAUCUACGGGCCAUUAAACAUGGUCAUGUUGCACUAUGAAGAGUGCCUCCGUUCAAGCUCGGUCCGAACACUCCUAGAAAUGGGCGUUUUUGAUGCUUUACCGGUCGACGGUGGUGAGAUGUCAGCAGCCGAACUCGCUACGAAGACGGGCGCUGAUCCAAUUCUUCUUGUUCGCUUGAUGCGACUAGUCGUACCUACAUUCUUUGCCGAACCACAGCCAGAGGUGUAUACGCACACAGCCAAUUCCCUGGUAUACCUGGAAGGCUCUGUGCGAGGCAACUUUAAAAUGAUGUUCGACGAGAUUUGCGUCGCUAGCACAAGAAUGCCCGAGUUCUUCAAGAAGAAUGGCUAUGUCAACCCUAGUUCUCGGUCUAACAACCCAUAUACAUUUGCCCACGAUACGCAGGGUCUAUCCAUGUUUGAGUUCCUUCUUCAGCACCCAGAACGCUUCAAGAACUUCAAUGAUGCAAUGCAGGCUCGGUCUUCCCAAACAUCCCUUCCCUACAGCCUAUUCCCCUUCCAGUCAGAGCUUAGCAAGGCGGAUACUACCGAUGAGACUGUUUUGCUGGUAGAUGUCGGGAGUGGCAUUGGCCAGGCUACGCUUGCCAUCCGAGAGGCUUGUCAAGAUAUCAAGGGCAAAAUGAUAAUGCAAGAUCAAAAGGAGGUAAUUGAUGGGAUUUCGGGCUCAUUGCCUGCCGGUGUAGAAGGCAUGGCGCAUGAUUUCUUCCAACCACAGCCCAUCAAAGGCGCUCUCUUUUAUUAUAUUCACCGCUGCCUGCAUGAUUGGCCAGACUCCGACUGUCUUGUAAUUCUGCAGCAUCUUGCGGCGGCCAUGACACCUAACGUCUCGCGCCUUUUGGUGUCCGAGAUCGUGAUGCCCCGUGGACGUGUUGACAUUCAAACAGCCUGGUCGGAUGUGAACAUGAUGACAUUUGGUGGCGUGGAACGAAGUGAAGAGCAGUGGAAAAAUCUUCUAGACAGCGCUGGUUUACAAAUUGUACAUGUGCAUGGCGAGGGCGGUGGAUGCUGGUUUAGAGUAUUGGAGAUUGUGCUCAAGGAAUCGAUCCAGCGCAACGGAGGCUCCUGAAGAGACAAAAUAUAUUUUAUAGACACUUUAGACGGUUUGACUAGAGUAGUUUAGAUUUUCCAUAUAUUAAUAUUACGAAUUCUUGGUGAGAAGCAC